UAGGGUUUGGGUGUCUGUGUUUAAAAAAGUAGCAGAGGAAAUUUGACGGAAGAUGUGGAGGGUGGAGAAGAAAUUAGUUAAAAAGUAGCGGAAACAGGAAUAUAGGCAGAGCUCUGCACACACAAUAUACAGUAAGAAAGCUGGAUUUGUUUGCGGCAGGAUUAUAUCGCCAAAGAAUCAUUUUGCUUAUAUUGUAGUCGAAGAUUUUUUUUACACACACCGAACGAAGCUGUACCGGCGGGUUGCCUCCUUGGUGCGCCUACCUGUCCAAGACUCUAUUUGAUGCCUCAAGGAGACUGGCAAGGACAAGCUGACAUCCUCUGUAUUAUCACUGAAGGGCAUCCUUCAUCUCCGCUCCAGGCUUACCUGCUGGGUGGUUUAGCAUAAUCCUCUGUUCUCAUGCUGGGAGAUGAGAAACUCACACAGGAGGACAGGGGCCCAGGCUAUAGAAAGAGAGAAACAGCCGGACAGGGAGCAGCAGUUCAUGGAAGACAAAAAAAGGAAGAAAGACGAUAAGAAGAAGAAAGAGGCUGCUCAGAAGGUUGCAGAACAAAAAACCAAAGUGCCCGAGGUGACAAAGCCGGGCCCCGCCCAGCCGCCGGCCGCCAGCCCUGUUGGCAGCAGCCCCGUGCCACCUGCCAACGGUGGCAACAAUGCCAAGAGGGUGGCGGUGCCGAACGGACAGCCGCCCAGCGCCCCGGCGCAGCGCUACAUGCCCAGGGAGGUGCCCCCGAGAUUCCGCUGCCAGCAGGACCACAAAGUCCUGCUGAAGCGUGGCCAGCCCCCUCCCCCAUCCUGCAUUCUCCUGGGGGGUGGGGGGCAGGCUCCCCUCACCCACCCCCAAUCCUCCGCAACUAACCAAGGGGACAGUGGAGUCCACACAGUAUGGAACAGCAGUGCCCCCUCUGGUCCGCCGGUGGAUAACGGCACAGCUGCCUGGUGCAAGCCCAACGAUGGCAGCACAGGCUGGGGAGAUCCCGAGGAUUCUGGGAAGGCUCCGUCAGGUUGGGGGAACCCCUCUCCCAACCCCAUCAAACCUGGUUCGAAAUCUAUGCAAGAGGGCUGGGGCGAGGCUGAGAGCCAGGUGACGGCAAAGCGGCACUCCAGCUGGGAGGAGGAUGAGGAGGGGGGGGUGUGGAACAGCGCUGGGUCCCAGGGCAACAGCUCCGGCUGGGGCCAGGGAGGAGGGGCAGGGGGCAAGAAGAUCAACAUUAAGGGUCCUUUAAAAGGAGGAAGCGGUGAACCUUGGAUGAACCCUCUGUCCAAGCAGUUCGCAAACAUGGGACUCCUGAGCCAAGCUGAUGAUCCUGCGGGCAGUAAGAUGGAUUUGUCAGUUGGAGGCCCCCUGCAGGAUAAGAAGCUGGAGGCUGAGAAGCGAGGGAUGAAUCUGGGCGACUACAACGGAGAGCUGAGGAAGGGGAGACAGGUCUUCCGCCCGCCCAAUUCCAAAGACAUGGGACCGGGGGACUCCGGGCCCUACUACGACAAGGCUGGUAAUCAUGGAGUGUUCGGUGGCGGCAGCGGCAUGGCACAGUCGCGUGGUCUGCACCCGGCGUCGGUGCCACCCAUUAACCCUUCUGCUGGGCUGCGAGCGCAAGUGCCUCCCCAGUUCCUGUCCCCUCAGGUGUCCGCGUCCAUGCUGAAGCAGCUUCCCCAGAACAGCGGCCUGAACACGGGGCUGUUCAACAUGGCCCCCCAGCUCUCCCCGCAGCAAAUCGCAAUGCUGAGCCAGCUGCCACAGAUACCACAGUUCCAGCUGGCUUGUCAGCUUCUCCUACAACAGCAGCAGCAGCAGCAACAGCAGCAGCAGCAACAGCAGCUCCUGCAGAACCAGAGGAAAUUCCCCCAGAACGUGAGACAGCAGCCAGACCCACAGCAGCUGGCCCGCAUGAUGAAUGUUCUUCAGCAGCAGCAGAGGCAGCAGCAGCAGCAGUCUGCGGGGGGGAUGAAGCACUCUCCCUCUCACCUGGGGAUGCCCAAACAGCACCUGGACAACCUGGUGCACUCCGGCAUGCAGGACCUGCACCCCAAAGGACAGAUGCCAGGAGGGUACUCUGGAUUUGGCUCCAGUGCGAACCUCGGCAGCCUGGACUUCAACUCCAUGGUGGGGGGUGGGAAGGAGUCUGGCUCUCAGCAGUCUCGCUUCAAGCAGUGGACAUCCAUGAUGGACGGGCUGUCCCCUGCAGCGUCCCCGCCGGAGCCCCCCAUGCACAAGAAUGGUGCUUUUGUACCUCCAGGGAAGGUGCGAGGCAGCUCCCCCUACUCCCAGUAUGACAUGUUGGGUUCAGAUUCACUGGGCGGGCACAGCGUUGGGGACAGCUGGCUCCCACCCCGCUCCGCCACCAACAAGAUGGGGAAUAAACCCAGCCACGCCAGCUGGCCACCGGAGUUCCAGCCUGGAGUGCCAUGGAAAGGGAUUCAGAGCGUGGACCCCGAGUCUGACCCCUACAUGACCCCCGGGAGCGUGCUAGGCGGCUCGGGUGUGUCUCCCAUCGUCGACACCGACCAUCAGCUCCUCCGAGACAACGCAGGUUCUAACCCUUCUCUGAACACCUCGCUGCCUUCACCCGGUGCCUGGCCCUACAGUGCCUCCGACAGCUCCUUCUCACAUGUGCACAGCACUUCAGCGAAGCACAGCGAGUACAAGUCCAGCUGGCCCCCUGACCCCAUCGGACACAACAAGCUCUGGAAGAGCUCCCGCAACACUACAGCACUGCCCCGCCCCCCUCCUGGGCUCACCAAUCAGAAACAACCCUCUUCCUCCCCCUGGAUUGGGGGAGCUCCCCGAUUGGCUCGAGGCUGGGGAGGCGGCAGUCAGGACUCCAGAUAUGUGGGAGGUUCGACGUGGAGUGACAGUGGGGUGGCCCGGACUAGCUGCUGGCUGGUGCUUAGUAACCUCACUCCACAGAUCGACGGCUCCACCCUGCGUACGAUCUGCAUGCAGCAUGGCCCCCUGCUGACAUUCCACCUGAACCUGACGCAGGGCAGCGCUCUGAUCCGCUACAGCAGCAAGCAAGAGGCGGCCAAGGCACAGACUGCACUGCACAUGUGCGUGCUGGGGAACACCACCAUCCUGGCGGAGUUUGUGAGCGAGGAGGAGGUCAGCCGCUAUUUUGCACAUUCCCAGGGUGGAGUCACUGGCGGGGCUCAGAACACCGCGGUGUCAGCGUCUGUGUCGAGCAGCUCGGGAGGAGGAGGGGGGGCAAGUGUGCCAGUGACGGGAGGAGGGGGUGGCUGGCAGAGCCUAGAUACUAGUGCCAGCCCUGUGGACCCCAGCAACAGCGGGGCAGGCGCCAAUCUGAACCUGUUCAGCCAGUGGAGCAGCGGAGCAGCAGGCAGGGCCACGGUGGGGGGCGGCGCGGGGGACACCCAGCGCCAGUCUCUCUGGGGUGGAGCCCCCGGGUACCCCUCGAGUUUGUGGGGCUCCCCCAGCAUGGAAGACAGCCACCAAAUCAGCAGCCCGGCUCCUUUACUGCCAGUGGAUCUCCUCGGAGGGGGCACGGACUCCAUUUAAAAAAAAAAAAAAAAAAUUUAAAAAUCUGAACUGGGUUUAUUGUUAUGGAGAAAGAGGAGGAUGAGGAAGAAAAAGAAGAAAAAAAACUUUCAACUCUGACCUCGUUUUAACCAAUUUUGUGUGUGUGUAUGCGUGAAUGUGUGGGAAGAGCGUGUGUGUUCUGGAACAGCACUAAUAACUUGACAGUUUUUUUUUUUUUUUUUUUUUUUUCCCCCCAACUUGCAAUAAACCAAGUUUUAUUAGAAAUACAAGGACAAACAAUAAGACUAUGCCAAAAUAUUCAGUCAGGGGGAGGGAGAAGCAAUUAUCGGUCUUGAAGCAUAUGACCCGUUUUAACUUAAUUACUAAGAAAUGAACAUAUCACUUUCUUUCAAAAUAUACUUGAACAAUGAUCGCCAACUGAAAGAGAGAGACACUCAAAUGUGAAACGAGAUGCAUUUUUAAGACAGAAAAAGCAAACAUUUAUAACAGGUUUUUUUUUUUUACUUUUUAUUUGUAUGUUUCUACAGGUGUAAACGUGUUGUAUACUGGAGCAAGAGAGAGAAACAAACAGUCUUUAUCUGCACUGGGUGUGUUUCCAGCCAGCUCUUGUAAAUUGGUGGAAUCUCACUGUAAUAAUACAUUGGGGGUGGGAAUAUAUAUAUAUAUAUAUAUAUAUAUAUAUAUAUAUAUAUAUAUAUAUAUAUAUAUAUAUAUAUAUAUAAAUGCAAACAUAAAUAAUAAAAUGAAGAAGAGAGGAAAAGAAAUGGAGUGAAUGGCAGGGAACCUGGCAGCACAUGGUUGAAAGGUAAAGCAUUUUGCAUUGUGUCCCUUGCAGUACCCUGGCUUUGAAGCUCAAACCAUAAUCAUCGACCACCCCUAUAAGUUCCUGUUGCCAGCCAUGCACAGUACAGAAAACGUUUACCCACGAAUGUUCUUAAAGAAUUAUCCUUUUGUUCAUUGCUUUGUUUUGUUUAGUUGUGUGUGUUCUUUUUUUUUUUGUUUUGUUUAGUAUUGAUUGCCUAGCAAGAUUUAAAGUAUUGCACCUUUUGUUUAUGGUUUAGCUUGUUACAAGUACUACUUUGCUUUUAGGUUUGUCAUUUUUUGUAUUUCCUUUAAGAAUCUUAAAAAUAAUACACAGAGCAUCCUUUCAGCUCCCUGCAGAUAUAAACACUGUUAGAGCUUGCAAAGAUACUGGCUGCUCAUUGCAUUCUUUUUUAUGUAGCUUGGAAACUAAAACCACAAUAACUGACUUCUAUUUUAUCACAAAAACGGGAACCUUUGGAGAAAAAAAGAGCCUGUUUUGCACACUUGUCAUUGAAUUAACAAUGCUGAGGAUGGCUUCCAUUACUCUGUAGUAGUUUGGAUUAUAGGUUGUAGAUGGAGGAGAAAUUGGUUCAGGAAAAGUGGUGCGAACACGCAAAUACCUUUUUUGGUGUUAAAAUAAAUUUGUCAUUGUAUUUACAUGUGGUCCCAGUUUUGAAAGUCUGUGGCCAUUGAGUUGAAACAGUGCUAGUUUUGAUGCAGCACUUAGAUUUUAUAUUUGUUUGUUUACUUUUGUCUGAAGCGAGACACUGUUGUAGACUUGCAUUGUGGACUUCCGUAAUGUCUGUCUCCUGCAAUCCCUCCCUGGAGGUCGUUGACUGUAGUUUAUUGAAUACUGCCAGAAGCUAGACUUGUCCUUCCUGUGGUCUAGUAGAAGCACUACCCUGUUUUGCACAGAAAUCCAAGGCUGGUCUGUAGAAGUACAGCAACCGAACUGACAAGAGUUUAUCAUUUGUGACACAAAGGAGCUUGUGACUUGGACCAUACAAAUUAAACAAGAAUUUAAUUACACAUUUUGUUACACGAUAAGUCACUAAACAGUUCUAGACUUUAACAAACUCAAUGUCUUUUAAUCCGUGAAGUUCUGUAAGUGUUUCUGAACUCGCUCUGCAGUGGCUGUUUGUAUGUAUGUGUGUGUGUGUGUAACGCAAAAUGCCACAAAAAAAAAAGACAAGUUACACAAGCAAGGGUGUGGGAGACCACUUCUCCAGUCUGGCAUGAUUUAUUUUUUCAAUUUUAACUCCUUUGGUUUAGAUCUGUGACCUAAUUGAUCAGAACUGUGCCCAAACAAGAACAAUCAGCCUCCUGCUAAAUCUACUGUUCAUUCUUAACUCUCCAACCAGUAUAGUUUCGCAGUUUGAGUCGUGGCUCUUUUGUAAUUGCCUGCUGGAGGAGAUCUUGGCAAACAUGGAGGGGAAAAUGGUUUACCUUGUCUGCUUCAAUGCUGAAUUAGCAUGGGCUUAAAAGCUGAAAUCUUGUCAAUAAAAAGGAGGGUGCAGAAACAAAAAAGUAGGAGUCUACCCUACACAACUCGAAACGUCCGUCUCGGCAGCGUCGUCCUAUGCUUUGAAAACAUAUGUACUGUAUGUGCAGAAUUUUACAUAAAACUGUUACAUUUUACAAUCUCUAUUACACUUAUACAUAAUGUCCUGCACUAUUUAAAACAAAGGUUGAGUUGGUCUGACAACUAUUGUUGUUGUUUUUUUUUUUAAAGGAAAAAGAAUAAACAAUGCAUAAAUGUGCGCACUUACAAUCCAAUUCUGUUUGACGGUGUACAAACGCAAGAUGUUUAAUUGGGCAAUAAUAUCCGAUGUCACGGGAAUUACCAGACCGUGCCAAAGCACUCUAAAUGUGGUCAUUGUCUGUGUGGGGUGGGCUAUUAGAAAAAUCUGUUGAAAGAUACAGGAUGCUUAAGAGAGAAGAUUUGGGAAACAAUCACAUUGAGAAAAUAAUUAAAUAUAUCUUAGAGAUAGGACUUUAAACAUCUGCAUUUCCCCGGUAAUGCAUUUCUGACCUGUUUUCAUGUCCUGUUGCAUGUGUGUUCUGUAUGAUGUGUUCUACUUGGAACUGCACAAGCGAAUGAAUGAUCUGAAAAGUCUCUUAAAGGUGAUUGUAGGGAAAGUGCCAUGCUUGGCACUGAUGCCCAUAGAUGAAGCAUUGUGCACUGAAGCUUGUGCAAAACAGGCAAAUGUAAUGGAAGAAUAGCAAAUCUAAGCAGAGGAGGAGAAUGGUAUGCACACAGUAGGAUAUUAAACAGCUAAGAAAUUCCCUUAAACAUGCUGAUUUCUACAGGGUAAGCUGUAAGGCAUGCACUUGUUUUGUCUUGUAAAAUGUGUUUCCUGCACCUACAUGCUGGUGUGUUUUGUAAUGCAGGGCUGUUUGCCUGAGCAUGCUCACUUUAUUCCAAAGAGGUUCCAGGUGGUCACUGUUGGUCGUCAUGUGUGGCAUUGAUUACAGAACCGGCUUUACAAAUUGUAGUCUGUGUGGUGUUGUGUUUUUGUUUGUUUGUUUAGUUUUUUCCUAAAAGCAAUCAUUUGGAGCAGUGUUAACGGUAUGGCCCGAAAUUGAACAACAUUUUUUAUUUACGAAGUGUUUAAGGAAGGUUAGGGGAAUCGAUAAAUUAUUUUUAAAAAAUAAAUAAAACAUUUGUAGGUAUAUUUGGUGGGGUUGACUCCUCCCAUCUCCUUUUGAAGUGCAGAUCAGGUAGAGUGAAACAUUCAGGUAAUCUGCACUUGUCCCCUCUUGAGAUCUUUCCAGCAUAUCUUUCCCAGAUUCCAGAACCACAGUCUGCUGUGUUAUGCAGAGCUGGUGUGCCAGGGCUCUGAGCUGCAGCGUCCGCCUGUAUCUGAGAUGCAUGUUUUUGGAGAUUUGUUCUCUUUUCCUCUCCUAAUUCUCUAUUUACUAAUACAUUCAUAAUCAAAGUCUUGCAUAAAUAGAAUGAUUGAAGACUUGGACAAAACUUUGCAGACAGAUCAAGUAUUUAGUGACCACUGACGUGUCAGUAAGUUGACAAUAUUCACGGGCUGCCUUGGACAUUGCAGAGGGAGCAGCAGGGUGUUGCUAACCCCAGUGUUUCCCUGGUCACGCAGAUUGCACUUGUCACUGUUCAUGCUCCGCCCUGCGUACCGAACUGUUUAAACUGCCUGCCACGUCCUUCCAGGUGCUGCUCGAGGCACCAAACAUGCAGCUCACUCCAUCUUCUGAGGUUUCUUUCACUGUAGUACAACAUUGAAUGACCCUCUACUCCUCCUUCCUUUCUUCUAGAAAAAAGAUUCUGCAGAUUUAAUUGUAUUUGUUGUAUUCGUUUGAGUGCGUGAGUUAAAUAAAUAAAUUGGGAUGAUUUCAGCCAGGACAAAAUAACCCAUUUUACAAAGACGAUCAUAUGCCUAGAAUUGCAGCAUCGCAGGUGUUUGCUUGGACUCGCAGGCUUGCGAAGAAAGCCCUUUCAUACUUGAAAAUGCUACAAUAAAAACAAAUAUCCUUCUAAUGUGUUUAAAGAAAGACAGUGUUGUCUCUUUAAUUUAUUUUUAUGUACGUUUUACCUCUAGUAUUGUUAAUUUCUAAUACCGGCUUCUCCACCCUCACUGCAUCGAACCCUCCUGUUUGCAAUGCCAGCACAAUGCUACACUGGUCCCCUUUGAUAAUACCACUGUAACCAAUGUGUUCAUUAAUCUGUACAGCGCUUGGUGCAGAAACUGGAGGUUUGAGUGCAGAUUUAUUGACUCUCAUUUGUUACUUUUUGGUUUUUAAUGUACAACUCAAGUGGUUAGAAAGUGUGGGGGCACAAGAGGUUAGGAGCUAUUGCAGGUUCUUUUGUAACCCGGUAUGGGUUGGUUUUGUUAUGUUUUUGGGAGGGGGGUGAAUGGUUUUGUAUGAAUGAGUUAACCUGACUGACACAGGGAUGUUCUGUAUACUACCAGAUGCUAUAUAGAGAGCUCGGUAGCUCCAAGGUUUUCAUAAGUUUAUAGUUUACAAAGUUACAAAGGCUAUUGAGCAACAGCAAACACACCUGGUAAUGCUCCUGUAUGUGUGUGUGUGUUCCUGUAGCCUUUCAAUCUUACUGAAAAUAAGAGUUAUUGUAUAUUUAAAAAAAAAAAAAAAAGAAGAAAGGAGUGUGAUCCACUCACAUUGUUUAAAUAAAAAAAAGCCUUGAUCUUAUUUCUCUAAUAGAUGGCCUUGAUAUGUAUUAAUAUGCAAAUGUGAAUUUUUAAUCUGUCAAAGAUGUGUUAAGAUUCUUUUUUUAAGAAAAGGAGAAAAAAAAACUAAAUUCCCUCAAGUUUUUUGGUGUUAAAAGUAAUUUGUUUGUACAAAAACUUAAACUAAAAAAAAAAAAAAAAAAAGGUUAACUAUGCAGUCUGCUGGGCUUCACUGUUUUCUGUUCAAACGCUGCCAAUUUCCGUGCCUGAGCUGCGCCAAUCCAAACCAUUACAAAGAGGAUUUGCCUGCAGAGUUUAAAUGACAGGAGGGUGCUCUUGUUUGCUGACCCCAAAUGAUAUGGCAGUCUUUGCCUCAAACUUGUAUUAUAAAACUGUCCUCAUUCUCGUCCGUAUGCUGCUAUGCUCUUGAACCACAUUAGGAGUGUUAUAAAGAAAACAAAGAACUAAGAGAGCUCUCACCAUCAAAAGGGAACAAGCUUAUUGUUUUUGUCUAAUUUAAAACAAAAAAAAAAUGCAAUUUUUCGUUAAACUAAGUGACAGCCUUGCACUGUCUGGUAAAAGUGUAAUUUUGGCUAGUGGAUCUAAGUUGCUGAAAAGCAACAGACUGUUUCCAAGGAAUGAUAAUCUAAACUGUGGCAGAUCUGCUUUCUUCAGCGCCGCUUUCAACUGUUCAUCCUCCCCCAUCACUGUCUCAAUGCAAUCACAACACAGUGAAGUCUGAGGGUUUCAAGUUUUAGGACAGUGGUAUGCUGCAGUUUUUAUAUCCGAUUUUGCAGGUUUUGAAAAAAAGUAUACAGACUACUCCUACUGCUGUUUGUUUUGUGUGAAUUCAUACAGACCCAGAUAAGCACUUCCUUCGGGCUACCUUGUGCUACGCAGUUUAAAUAUUAGUGCUAAUGGGAGUUGGUGAAACCAGCCUUGAAUCUCAGUCCCAGCCUUAAUCAUACCCAGAGCAAACUCCUGUAUGUGUAGAAAGAGGAAAGGAUUGUCUGGACGCUUGUGAGGUGACUUGCUGGUGUGCAGAGGGAGUGAAGGUGAAUAGCCAGACUACUUGACUGUCUGGUUGGACACAGAACUACAGUGUGUAGUUUCGUAUUCUGUCAGCAGCUGUCACUGCUGUGCAGUGGAGAUUCUUACAGGGUGAAAAGAGAAUGGCCACAACAUCUUAAAUGUGUUUUCUUACCUGCUAGCUUCAAUUGUUUAAGUUCCCACUAUUCAACUUCCAGCUUAACAGAACAGCUGGCUAGCUGUACAAGUCUUGUUGUUUUUCCUAAAGGCAUAGCAUUCUGUAUCAGGCAGUGCAGUAGCCAUUGUAAUUUUAGACUUUCUUUUUAAACAGUGUUUACAGUAAAACAUGCGUCCAAUAAUUUCCAUUUCAACAUUGUAAUUAUCCACUAUGCUUUUAGAAGUGAAAAUUGCCUUCAAUGACCAUGGUGGGUGACUGAUUUUGACCCAUUUCUGCUCUUUGUUUUUACUCCUGGCAUGCAGCUUAGGGUUAACAACCUCUCCUGAUUCCAGUCCUGUAUUGAACUGGUCUUGCCGUCCAGAGCUUGCGGUGCUGGGUGCCGAGUGUUAGAUAUGUGUGCUCCUUGAAGGAGUGCUGACCAGGUAAUCGGCACAUUCCCUCGUUGUUAGUUAAAAUUCUGCUGCUGCAGUGUGGUGUUUAGGAGGUUGAGAGUACAUUCCCACAUGUUUUGAAGCUGAAUUUCCUGCUUCAGGGUUUUUAGAGAAGGGGCUAGAUGUAUAUUUAAACUUUCACGCUGCUUUCCAAAAUGUGCAGCAUCUGUAAUCCAAGACGUCUUAAAUAAAAACGUGGUGUGGGUGGCUUGUUUGCGUUUUAAAUCAGGAUUAGGCUGAAGAUGUCGUCUCUAUGAACUCAGCUUGGGUACAUUUACUGACGAGGCAGUGCCUGCAGCAAAGGGGUUUCAAGACUCGCUGCUUCCAGGUGCAAGCUAAGCUCGCUGUGAAAAGUGCAGAGAGUGGAGGAGGUCAGUCCCUCCCCACCAUCCGCUUCAAUCUGUAACUGAGUCAGUCUGAUGUGAGAUCGCAGCAUGGGCUCUCCGCACAAUGGGGCAGCUCUUCAAAGCAGGGUGACUUCACUGUCGAAUAUCUUACCUAAGAAAUAAGAGACAAGUUGUAAGCUGUUAAGUUCUUAUUAAAAAUGGUUGCACUUUCUUGUUUUGCUUGGAUUGGUUUUUGGAGGGUCUUAACCUUUCAGAUGGUUUUGAUUGCAUAGAGGAUGAGUGUCAGCUUUUUUUUUUUUGGGGGGGGGGGGAGUCUACGGCUGCUGACUGUCUAGAAAUGUUUACUUAUCGGAACCCCCUUGUAAUGUUUUACUUUAAUUGCUAGCUGCCUAUAUGACCUUCAGAUAUAAAAUAACCAUGUGAAAACACAGCUCUUAUCUGCAGCAUUAUACUUGAAGCUUUCAGAUUGGGUUUAAGUAAAACACUUUUUCAAGUAACAUAAUGUGCUCUGCAGCUGAAGCCUGAUCCUCUGUUUUAAACUCUGCAGGGUGAACCUGAUCCUCCUUCAAAGUGUGGCACGGGAAGCAGUUUGCAUUGGCAGCAGUGUGACUCUAAAGGGAAAGGGCCCUGCUUUAUAUUAGUGCUGGAUGGUACUCAAGAAAAUCACUGGCUCCUAGGAAAAGAUGGUAGAACUAUAUUGUGCAAAUAAGCUGAAUCUAAUAAGGAUUUAAAAAAAAGAAAUAACUUUUAUUGCAUUUACAUAUUUUUUAUUUUUUGCCAUGGAAGGUACUGUAUUUCUUAUGCUGGAUUAUAAAUAAUUAAAAUAAAAGUUGACAUUUUAUCAGUGUGUGUGUGGGUGUAACCGAUUUAGGAGUUAACAUUACGGAGGAUUUAAGUCAAGUUGUUGUUUUUUUGUUUGUUUUGUUUUUUUUCUCAAAAUAAAAACCAAGAUGUCCUAAAUGCGCAUUAUAAUAUAUAUAUAUAUAUAUAUAUAUAUAUAUAUAUAUAUAUAUAUAUAUAUAUAUAUAUAUGUAUAUAUAUAUAUAUAUGUAGAAUUUUCUGAAGUUUGUUUGUUGUUUUUGCUUUUUAAUAAACGCUUUUUUGAAGAUAUGAUUGUAUUAUAUGCAACUCAGUUGCUUUUCAAUAUAACUACAAAAUAUAUUUGGUUCUUGGAAAGAAAAGUUAAUAAAUGUUUGGCUGCUAAGCAUUUAAAUAUUU